CUUUCUUUCACGCGACCACACCGUAAUCGAACCCCCUAUCUGCUACUCUACCUCCAGCUAACCGUCUUACCAGUAAACACCACCGGCGGCCUAUCAUCCGACGACGACGACUACCUUAGUCGGAGGAAGCGUUUGGAACCCUACUUGUGACAAGAGCAUGGUAUUUAAGCUCUGUGAUGUGAAGCUUAACGAGGCUUACAAUGGAAUUGCCACGUGGUUUCUUCAGGACUCUUUGCACAACUAGAUGAUGGAAGAAGAAAUAUUGUUAAAGCAUCUUUGGGAUGACAUGCAGGCUCAGUUCUUAGUGCUAGUCUUGAAUAGCUUGCAACUUUUCCAGAAACAUAUUCAUUCGGGUAAUUUGGGGAAAAUGACAGAAAUCUUCUCCUACACAGCUUGCAGACAAUUAUCACAAAUGUUUUUUUCAAUAAUCUUCUUUCAUGUUUCUGAAUACAUUCUAGCAAUCUCAAUCCAUGGGAGAUCAAGAGUAACCCUUAAUUCUCUUUUAAUCAGCAAAAAUUAUCUCGUGGCAAUGAUUUUCUCAUUGCUAGAGUACUUGCUUGAAAUUUAUUUUUGCCCUGGGUUGAAGGAAUACUGGUGGAUAAGUAACUUUGGCCUUGCAAUGGUUGUUUUUGGGGAAAUCAUACGGAAAUUGGCAAUUUUAACUGCUGGCAGGUCCUUCACUCAUCUUAUCAAGAUUUAUCACGAGGAGGAUCACAAAUUGGUUACUCAGGGGGUGUAUAGAUUUAUUCGUCAUCCAGGAUAUUUUGGUUUCUUCAUCUGGUCAGUUGGCACUCAGAUAAUGAUCUGUAAUCCGGUAUCUAUAAUUGCAUUUACGGUGGUUGUUUGGCUCUUUUUCUCCGACCGGAUACCAUAUGAAGAGUACUUCUUGAGACAGUUUUUCAGGUCACAAUAUGAGGAUUAUGCACGAGGUGUUUGGUCUGGGAUUCCUUUUGUGAAGUGAGAAAUGCCCAAAGUUUGUAAUCAGGGCUUCCUUGCUCAAUCCUUCUCGGUUCGUGAAGAAUGCUUCAAAGCCUUCUUUCAUAAUGUAUCUCUCUAAUCGUGGUAGUUUCAGAUAUGUUCCUUCAGGCUUCAGAUUGGUUUGUUGUGUAUGUUAAUUUGGCAUAAAGACUUGAUGGGGAAUAUUGGCUUCGAUUGAAAUAUCUGGUCUUUUGGGUGAUAUGACUUACCAGUUCUCAAUCUUUACCCAAUGGAAAGAGUUGUAAGAGUUAUCUUAUGUUGUAAGACUUAUCUGUAAAUGACAUUGUUUUAACUUCCCCAUAAAUAAUGC